AUGCCAUCCUCCAUCACGUGGGGCCUCCUCCUGCUGGCAGGCCUGUGCUGCCUGGUGCCUGGCACCCUGCAAGCAUCAGAGCAUGAUCAAAAUCUCCGUCAGCACCCACCCCUCCCCAGCAUAACCCCCAACCUGGCUGACCUUGACUUCAGCCUGUACCAUGAGCUGGCCCGUGAGUCCUACACCACCAACAUCUUCUUCUCCCCAGUGAGCAUCACUAUAGCCUUUGCGAUUCUCUCCCUGGGGACCAAAGGUGACACUCACAUCCAGAUCCCCCAGGGCCUCAAUUUCAAUUUCAAGGAGACAGUUCAGACUGAUAUCCACAAAGGCUUACAACAUCUCCUCGACAGCCUCAACCAGCCAGACGACGAGUUGCAGCUGACCACCAGCAAUAUACUACUCAUUGAUGAGAAUCUGAAGCAAGUGCAUAAAUUUUUAGAGGAUGUCAGAAAGCUGUACCACUCACAAGCCUUUUCCAUCAACUUUGGGAACAUUGAAGAGGCCAAGAAAGAGAUCAACAAGUUUAUAGAGAAGAGAACCCAAGAUAAAAUGGUGGAUUUGGUCAAUGAGCUUGACAAUGACACAAGUCUUGCUCUGGUGAAUUACACUUUGUUCACCAAUUUACGUUUGCCCAAACUGUCCAUUUCUGGAACCUACAAUCUGAUAAAGGUCCUGGGCAACCUGGGCAUCACCAAGUUCUUCAGCAACCAGGCUGACCUCUUGGGGAUCGCUGAGGAAGCAGACCUGGUGGUGUCCAAGGCCCUGCAUAUGGCUACAUUGACCAUCAAUGAGAAUGGGUCAGAACCGUCUGGGAACACUCCUUUGAGAUACAGCGGCUGGUAUAGGCAUCUGACCAUCAGGUUCAACAGGCCCUUCUUAGUCAUUGUCAAAGAUGAAAGCACCAACAUUCCCCUCUUCAUGGAAAAGGUGAUGAAUCCCACGCAAAAAUAA